CGGAGGCCCGAGGAGCCGGAGCGGCGCUGACCAUGGGCGCGGGCGGACCCCGGGCCCGGGCCCGGCUGCUGCCGCUGCUGCUGGCGCUGGCGCUGCUGGCGGGGGGCGCGCGGGGGGCGCGGGGCCGCGGCGGCGCCGAGAAGACGGGCGGCCGGCGGGCGGCCAGCACCUUCGCGCAGAGCCUGGGCGGCCUGUUCGGGGAGGACAACGUGCGCGCCGCGCAGAAGUUCCUGACCAGGCUGACCGAGCGGUUCGUGCUGGGCGUGGACAUGUUUGUGGAGAGCGUGUGGAAGGUGUGGACGGAGCUGCUGGACGUGCUGGGUCUGGACGUGUCCAACCUGUCCCAGUACUUCAACCCCAGCUCGGUGGCCAGCAGCCCGGUGCGCGCCCUGCUGCUGGUGGGCGUGGUGCUCCUGGCCUACUGGUUCCUGUCGCUGGCGCUGGGCAUCACCUUCGGCCUCCUGCAGACCGUGUUCGGCCGCUUCUUCUGGGUGGCGCGGGCCGUGCUCUUCUCCAUGUCCUGCGUGUACGUCCUGCACAAGUACGAGGGCGAGCCCGAGGCCGCCGUGCUGCCCAUCUGCUUCGUGGUGGCCGUCUACUUCAUGACCGGGCCCAUGGGCAGCUACUGGCGGGGCGGGCCCGGCGGGCACAGCGUGGAGGAGAAGCUGGAGCACCUGGAGGCCCAGGUCCGGCUGCUGAACAUCCGCCUCAGCCGAGUCCUCGAGUCCCUCGACCGCGCCAACGGCAAGUGACAAUCAGCCGCCCGGCCGGGACCCCCCACCCCAGCGCCCCCCACCAGGAAGCAGAAGAAGCGCCGCAAGAAGAGAACCGCCAACCCCAAACCACCCUAAUAAACGUACUGAGCAGCAGAGGGUGCCUGGGCGGGUGUCUCGGCCCCGGGCUCAGGACUGCCCCAGGGCCCUGCCAGCCCCACCAGUGUCAUUAGGAGAGAAAGAUAUUUUUUAAACAAAGGAUAUGACCAUAUUUGCUGUACAGGGAGAGAAGUUUAUCUGUGCAUAGACCAUAAAGUUAGUUUCCCCCGAGCACUUAGCUACAUCUUUUGUAAGGCUUUUUUAAUAAAGGCAGGCGGAGACCAGGCCCUGGCACCAUCGCACCGAGGGAAGGACUUGCUGGCCGCAGGCCUGUGUGUCGGGACAGGGGCUGCGGGGGAGGCUUCCCCCUGUGCUGUUUUGGGUCGCCCGUGACUUGGUUGACAAGUCCUGUCACUGAGUGAACGUGGCCCAGCCAAGCUCCCAUCAAUUCUGUUGCUCCGGAGACUGUCAUUUGUCGAGUCUGAGGUGCGCCCGCACACGUGCCCGCAGUCGGACUGGUUUGAACCACAUUUUGCAGAGUCCCAUCUGGGUCCAGGGCAUCCACGGGAGCCUGAUGCCCAGAGCUGCGUGGAGCCCCGGUGCCUGCCGUGCCCACUCAGGAAGUGUCUGCUCUACAGAUGUGUGUGUGUGUGUGUGUGUGAGUGAGAGUGUGAGUGUGUGUGACUGUGUCUGUGCAUCAGUGUCUGUAUGUGUGAGUGUGUCUGUAGGAGUGAGUAUAUGUGAGUGUGAGCAUAUGAGUGUGUGAGUGUGUCUAUGUGUGGGAGUGUGUGUGAGUGUGUGAAUCUGUGCAUCUGUGUGUGUGUGUCUGUUGUGUGUCUGUGCGUGCCUGUGUGUUUGUGUAUGCGUGUGUCUGCAUGUAUGUCUGUGUGUGUGAGUGUGUGUGUCUGUCUGAGCGUGUCUGUCUGCACCUGUGUCUUUGUGUGUGUGUGUGUGUCUGUGUGUGUGUCUGUGUGUGUGUAUGGGCGUGUCCUCUGGGCGGGCAGACCAUGGCGCUGGCCGACAUUCCCCAGGUUUGCUGCUCGCCUCCCUCCCCCGGCACUUCUGUGGGCGCCUUGCGGGCGCUGCUGGCUGGCACAGGAGAGCUCCUUGCGGGGCCGAGGGGGUCCCGUGGCUCACCCGGAGGAGGUGAAGCUCCCAUGUGCCGGGCGUGUUGCUCAGGCCUCCAUGUCUGGCCUGGGGGGCGGCCUGGGGGCUUGAGCCCCGCAGCCUUCCCGGGCGCAGACGCGGGAACGAGGGCUUUCCCGGAGCAGCCGGCCCCACCACGCCGGAGCUUGCAGUUCCCGAGGACCCGGGACCUGCCGGGUCUCCAGACCGAGGGGCAAGAGUGCCACCUUUUGGAGGGCGAUGGUGGAGCAGCGGGGCGGGCGGCGUCUGUUGGCAGCCUUGGGAACAGUAGCCGGGAGGUCCCAGGACGCUGGCGGCUGGUCAGCCACAGUCUCUGGGCCGCUGUCCUGGCGGGGGGGGGGGGGGGGCGUGCCUGAGUCGCCCACGAGGCCGCAUCUGGUGACCGCCCGGGCCCAGUCCCUUCUCCCUGACCGUCCCGAGCCGGCUGCCUCGACGUACGUCAGGAAGCUGGCGUUCCUCCGGGCCCCGCCUCUGCUCACGGCCACCUCCGUGGCACUCCCAUUCCCCAUGUGAAUCCCAGGGUCAGGCGUGUGUGAGCGUGCGUGUGCAGGCGUGUUUCGCAGGGUCCACAGUACCUUCAGCAUGUGGCUCUCCGUGGCCCCGGGACGCACUGUUCAGUGUCGUGGUUUCCGUGUGUCGCUCGUGAUGCCUCCUUGGUGGGCGGCACCGGGGCUGGCCAGGGGCACCCAGCAGCGCGGUGUCCGUGGCUCCUGACGCCGUGGCCGCCAGUGGCGUCCUGGCCCACGUCCCAGUGUCCUUUUGCAGAUGCCCAGGUUGUGUCCUGGCGUCAGUUCAUCGCCCGCAUGUGUGCUGAGUCUGGCGCUGUGUCCUUGAAGUGGUUUCUCGUGGUGGUGAUGGUGACCGCUCACAUCCCGUAGCCAGCUGUGGUUCCUCCCUCUCUGGGAACCCUGCCCUCGAGUGGCUCCUGCUCUGCAUCUGGUUCCACAUUUCUAUAGCAUCCGACAACAUACAGCCACUUUACCUGAGCCUCGUGGUGUGUGAAUGUGGUGUGUAUCCACGUCAGUCCUCCGAGCCUUGGAGACCGAGUCUUCAGAUAUAUAGAUACAAUAUACCAGGCUUAUUAUUUUGGGGUUUUAUUUUUUGGGGGGGCAAAGUGAGACAUCAUUCCUCUUUAUGAAGUCACUGGUUUUGGUGUUAUGUUGUUUUGUAGAUUGAUUCCAGAACAGAAUUAAAAUAUUGUGAAAAUUAUAGCUUAAUAAACGUUCAUGAGAAUUUUCUGGAA